AACAGGAGGAAAUCGAAGUUCACAUGUAAUCUGAGUUAUGACUGCAUAACAACUGGCUGCUGUGGAAGUACAAACUGCCACAUAAGGAGCUCUUCACUCUCUGAUGGGCUUCCGACAGUGUAUGACUUAAUACUUCCCAAGGGAAAGGUUUCUGACGAUGCAAACGGUAUCAUGCUUAGAGCCACCAUUAAUCAUCAAACUAUAAGUCACAGCAGAUCUUGUUUUCGAGGGAAGGGCCUGACUUCUGCACUUCAACAAAGGCCCGAUACUUGUGAUGAUGAUGAUGAUGAUGAUGAUGAUGCGGAUUAUGUACCUAAAAGUCGUAGAAGAUCUCACCCUGCUAAGGAGGAGGAGGUGGUGGAGGAGGAUGAGAAUGAUGAGGACAAUGAGGAGGAGGAGGAGGAGGAGGAGGAGGAGGAGGAUGAAAGACCUUUAAGUCUCAGAAGAUCCCACCUUGCUGAGGAGGAGGAUGAAAGACCUUUACUUCUCAGAAGAUCCCACCCUGCUGUUCAACAAAGGCCCAAUACUUAUGAUGAUGAUGGGCAGGUGGAGGAGGACGAGGAGGAUGCUAGACCUGUAAGUGUCAGCAGACCCCGUCUUCGAGGAACGGCUCCGGCUUGUGGUGUUCAACAAAGGCACUAUUCUGAUACCGAUGAUGAUGAUUAUUUUCCAAUAGCUUUCAGGAGACGCCAUGUCCAAGGAACGCCUUCAGCUCCUGCAGUUCAAGAAAGGCACUAUUUUGACACCAGUGAUGAGGAUGAUUUACCUAUAGCUUUCAGACCCUUUAUUCGAGGAACGGCUUAGAUUCCUGCAGUUUAAAGAAGGGGCGUAUUCUGGUACUGAUGGUGAGGAUGAGAGGCCUUUAUGUUCCGGACUUCCCGUACGCUAAAGGUUUUCCGUGCACUUGCUGUUCUUCUGCCUGGCUUGCACCGUUCUGGUUCCAGGAUAUAUAUGUGAAGUCUCUAUUUCUGGCCUCAAGUAUCGCCUCGCCGUUGUUAAGCAUUGCUGCAGCUCCUUGAACACAUUACUGGGCAGCGUGUGGCUGCAGAGUCUGAAUGUAGCUUUGGGUUUGAUGAUGAUGCCGCUGAUGCAAUUUACGAGGAAAUCAAGCUCCUGGCGAAGUUUCUUCCAGGGGCAACCUUCUGGAUGAUGUAACAGUCAUGA